CCCGCCCCGAAGCCGCCCGUUUCCUGCGGGGCGGCGCGACGGCACCUGAGCUACUGCGGCGGGGCCUCGGAGCGAGCGCGCGGAGCCGGCUGUGGAGGAGCCCGCGCCGCCGCGUCGUCCCGGCCUGGUUCCCGGCUGCGCAGGAUUUCAUAGGCUCACGUUAAGAAAAGCACCAUGGAGUUUUAUGAGUCAACGUAUUUUGUUGUCCUUAUCCCUUCAGUAGUGAUUACUGUCAUUUUCCUUUUCUUCUGGCUUUUCAUGAAAGAAACAUUAUAUGAUGAAGUUCUUGCAAAGCAAAAAAGAGAACAAAAGCUGAUUUCUACAAAAACAGAUAAAAAGAAGGCAGAAAAGAAAAAGAACAAAAAGAAAGAAGUCCAGAAUGGGGCCAUUCAUGAAUCUGAUUCUGAGAAUCUACCUCGGGACUUUAAAUUAUCUGAUGCUUCAGCCAUGGAGGAGGAGCAGUUUGUACCUGCUCCAUUGAAUGUGUUUGAAACUUCCAGCAGUGUUAAGGAAAGAAAGAAGAAGGAAAAGAAACAAAAGCCUUCACCUGAAGAGCAGACCAUCAAAGAAAGUGAUACAUCAAAGAUUCCAGGCAAAAAAGUGGAGCCCGUCCUAGUUACAAAGCAGCCGGCCCCACCUCCUGAAGCAGCUGCCUUGAAGAAGAAAGCAGGGCAGAAGAAGUCUAAAAAUGGCAGCGAUGACCAAGAUAAAAAGGUGGAAAUGCUGAUGGCACCUUUAAGAAAGCAAGACAUGCCACUCCUCCAUCAAGAGACUAAACAGGAAGGUGGCUUGGGAAAGAAGAAAGGUCUGUCAAAGAAGCAGAAGACAGAAAAUGUCUUGGUAGAUGAGCCCCUUAUUCAUGCAACUACUUACAUUCCUUUGAUGGAUAAUGCUAACUCAAAUCUUGUGAUGGAUAAGAGAGAAAUUAUUGAUAUGAUUAAACCUGACCAUGUAGAAGGGAUCCAUAAAUCUGGAGCUAAAAAGCUGAAGAUUGAAACUGACAAAGAAAAUGCUGAAGUGAAGUUUAAAGAUUUCCUUAUGUCCUUGAAGACUAUGGUGUUUUCUGAAGAUGAGGCUCUUUGUGUUGUAGACCUGCUGAAGGAGAAGUCUGGUGUGAUAAAAGAUGCUUUAAAGAAGUCGAAUAAAGGAGAAUUGAGUGCCCUUUUGCAUCAGCUUCAGGAAAAGGAAAGGCUGCUCUCUGCUGUGAAGGAGGAGGCCACUGCCACAAAGGAGCGCUGUAAGCAGUUGACGCAGGAAAUGAUGACAGAGAAAGAAAGAAGCAGUGUAGUUAUAGCAAGGAUGAAAGAUCGGAUUGGGACACUAGAGAAGGAACAUAAUGUGUUUCAGAACAAGAUGCAUGUCAGCUACCAGGAGACGCAGCAGAUGCAGAUGAAGUUUCAGCAAGUUCGGGAACAAAUGGAAGCAGAGAUAGCUCAUUUGAAGCAGGAAAAUGGUAUACUGAGAGAUGCUGUCAGCAACACUACAAACCAGCUGGAAAGCAAGCAGACUGCAGAGCUGAAUAAACUGCGCCAGGACUGUGGGAGGCUGGUGAGUGAGCUGAACGAGAAGACAGGGAAGCUGCAGCAGGAGGGAGUCCAGAAGAAGAACGCGGAGCAAGCAGCUGCCCAACUGAAGGUUCAACUACAGGAAGCUGAGAGGAGGUGGGAGGAAGUUCAGAGCUAUAUCAGGAAGAGAACAGCAGAGCACGAGGCCGCGCAGCAAGACUUACAAAGUAAAUUUGUGGCCAAAGAAAAUGAAGUCCAGAGUCUGCAUAGUAAGCUCACAGACACAUUGGUAUCAAAACAGCAGUUGGAGCAAAGACUAAUGCAGUUAAUGGAGUCAGAGCAAAAGAGGGCGAGCAAAGAAGAGUCUUUGCAAAUUCAAGUUCAGGAUAUUUUGGAACAAAAUGAGGCUUUGAAAGCUCAGAUUCAACAAUUCCAUUCCCAGAUAGCUGCCCAGACCACCGCUUCAGUUCUAGCAGAAGAAUUACAUAAAGUGAUUGCAGAAAAGGACAAGCAGCUAAAGCAGACUGAAGAUUCUUUAGCAAGUGAACACGACCACUUAGCAAGCAAAGAGGAGGAGCUUAAGGAUAUACAGAAUAUGAAUUUCUUAUUAAAAGCUGAAGUGCAGAAAUUGCAGGCCCUGGCUAAUGAACAGGCUGCUGCAGUCCAUGAGGUAGAAAAGGUGCAGAAAAGUAUUCAGGUCAAGGACGAUAAAAUAAGAUUGCUUGAAGAGCAGCUGCAGCAUGAAAUUGCAAGCAAAAUGGAAGAAUUUAAGAUUCUGAACGACCAGAACAAAGCAUUACAGCUGGAAGUUCAGAAGCUGCAGAUCGUCGUUUCUCAGCAGCCUAAUAAAGAUGUUGUGGAACAAAUGGAAAAAUGCAUUCAAGAAAAAGAUGAGAAGUUGAAGACGGUAGAAGAAUUACUUGAAACUGGACUCAUUCAGGUGGCCACUAAGGAGGAGGAGCUGAAUGCCAUAAGAACGGAAAACUCAACCCUGACAAAAGAAGUUCAAGAGUUAAAGGCCAAGCAGAGUGAUCAGGUUUCUUUUGUGUCUCUAAUUGAAGAACUUAGGAAAGCGAUCCAUGAGAAAGAUGGACAGAUCAAGUCUGUGGAAGAGCUUCUAGAAGCUGAACUUCUCAAAGUUGCUAAUAAGGAGAAAACUGUUCAGGCUUUGAAACAGGAAAUAGAGGUUCUAAAAGAAGAAAUAGGAAAUGCCCAGCUUGAAAAGGCUCACCAGUUGUCUGUCUCUUCUCAAGUUCAGGAGCUUCAGAACUUGUUAAGAGGCAAGGAAGAACAGGUGAACACCAUGAAGGCUGCUUUGGAAGACAAGGACAAAGACCUGAGGGAUAGAGGGAAGUGGAUACAGGAUCUUCAAGAAGAAAACGAAUCUCUGAAGGCUCAUGUUCACGAGGUAGCACAGCCCGAUUUGCCAGAGGUAUGUUCGACAGCACGAUUUGAAGAACUUGAAAAUAUGUUGAAAGAAAAGGAAAAUGAAAUUAAGAGAAUAGAAGAUAUAUUAAAAGACACAGAGAGUGAUCUUUCCAACAAAUCAAAGCUGUUACAGGAGGUACAAGAUGAAAAUAAAUUAUUUAAAUCCCAAGUUGAACAGCUUAGUCAGCAGAAUCACCAACAGGCAUCUUUUCCCUCUCAGGAAGAAUUACAAACAGUAAUUUCAGAAAAAGAAAAAGAAUUAACUAAUCUUCGCAAUGAAUUAGAUUCUUUGAAGAAUGCUGUUGAACAUCAGAGGAAGAAAAACAAUGACCUUCGGGAGAAAAACUGGGAAGCAAUGGAGGCAUUGGCAUCAACUGAAAAAAUGCUGCAGGACAAAGUGAACAAGACUUCCAAGGAAAGACAACAACAAGUGGAAGCUGUUGAGUUAGAGUCCAAAGAACUUCUCAAAAGAUUAUUUCCAAUGGUGUCUGUUCCUUCUAAUUUGACUUACACUGAAUGGUUACGUGGCUUUGAAAAGAAGGCAAAAGCAUGUGUAGCUGGAGCUUCGGAUGCAGAGACGGUCAAGGUUUUGGAACACAGAUUGAAAGAAGCUGACGAGAUGCACACACUGCUACAGCUAGAGUGUGAAAAAUACAAAGCCGUCCUUGCAGAAACAGAAGGGAUUUUACAGAAGCUGCAGCGCAGUGUAGAACAAGAAGAAAGUAAAUGGAAGAUUAAAGCUGAUGAGUCACGAAGGGCUAUUAAGCAGAUGCAGUCCUCCUUUACAUCCUCAGAGCAAGAGCUGGAGCGACUGAGAAGAGAGAACAAAGAUAUGGAAAAUCUGAGGCGGGAACGAGAACACUUGGAGAUGGAGCUGGAGAAAGCAGAGAUCGAACGAUCAACUUACGUGACAGAAGUCAGAGAGCUGAAAGAUCUGUUGACUGAAUUGCAGAAAAAACUUGAUGACUCAUAUUCUGAAGCAGUAAGACAGAAUGAGGAGCUUAACUUGUUGAAGACACAAUUAAAUGAAACACUCAAAAAACUUCAAAAUGAACAAAGUGAGAGAAAGAAGGUAGCUGAUGAUUUGCAUAAGGCUCAACAGUCAUUGAACUUCAUCCAUUCAAGAAUUUCACUAAAAGCUGCUGGUGACUCUACUGUUAUUGAGAACAGUGCUGUUUCCCCAGAAACGGGGUCUCCUGAGAAAGAGACGAUGUCUGUGAGUCUCAAUCAGACUGUGACACAGUUACAGCAGUUGCUUCAGGAAGUGAAUCAGCAACUCAUGAAGGAGAAGUGAUUCUGGCUGCGGGAGUGAAGUAAUUGGGAAAUUACUCGUUAGAAGUUAACAGAAGGCGUUGUAUUAUAUUUUGCCAAAUUAAAGCCUUAUUUAUGUUUCACCCUUUCUACUUUGUCAGACACUGAACAGUUUGUCUUUUCUAACCCUUGUUAGACUACUGACUUAAAAACACUUUAAAAAGCCAACUCUGUAGACACCUCCAGAGUUUAGUUUUAUAAUAAAACUGUUUGAAUAAUUAGACCUUUACAUUCCUAAAUAUAAAAUAAAUGUAAUCUUUUACCUUAUUUUGGUCAAUUAAAUUGUUCCGAAGAUCAAAGUGGUGUAGACAACGUGAAAUUUAACAUUUUAAUACUGAUGUUGUACACUGCUUUACUUAACACUUGGGAAGUAACUGCCUCUGACAUCAACUCAAGGAAACACUUUUGUUGCUAAUGUAAUCAGCAAAUAAAGGGACACUUAUUAUUCAAA